AUGGGCGUUGAACUACCAGAACUGCAAUUUACCUCGCUGGACGAAAUCCCUGCGCGCAUCUCCACUGCGCGCAAGGCGUUCUUGGAGCACAAGACUCGUGACGUCGAGUUCCGUCUGGUCCAGCUCCGCAAGCUCUACUGGGCCAUCAAGGACCAUGAGGAGGAGAUCUUCGAGGCCUGCACUCGCGACUUGCACAAGCCUCGGUUCGAGACCGAGCUCGCGGAGCUCGGAUGGAUCUUGAACGACAUCGUGUUCACCACGCGCAACCUGCACAAAUGGGUCAAGGACGAGAAGGCCCCCGAUAUCGAUCUCACUUUUAAGUUCAUGAACCCCAAGAUCAGAAAGGAUCCGCUGGGAUGCGUGUUGGUCAUCGGUGCCUUUAACUUCCCCUUCCAGUUGACUCUUGGCCCUGUCAUUGGCGCUAUUGCUGCCGGUAACACAGUUGUGAUCAAGCCUAGUGAGAAUGCGCCCUAUAGCGCGGUCGUGAUGCAGAGGAUCAUCGAGGCUAGUCUCGAUCCCUCCUGCUACAGUAUUGUCCAGGGAGGAGUCUCCGAGACGCAAGCUCUCCUGACCGAACGGUGGGACAAGAUCUUCUUCACCGGCGGCGCCAACGUCGGCCGCAUCAUCGCCAAGGCGGCUGCCCCGCAUUUGACUCCUGUGGUGCUCGAGCUGGGUGGUAUCAACCCAGCUAUCGUGACCAAGUCCGCCGACCCGCGUCUGGUCGCUCGCCGCAUGCUGUGGGGUAAGCUCGUGAAUGCUGGUCAGCUCUGCACAUCGCAGAACUACUUGCUUGUUGACAAGGCGCUGGUCGGCCCUGUUAUCGAGGAGUUCAAGAAGGCCUACAAGGAGUUCUAUCCUAAUGGAGCCAAGGGCUCUGAGGACUACUCCAAGAUCAUUAACGAGGCCCACUUCCACCGUCUCAAGACUAUGCUUGAUAACACCAAGGGUAAGAUCCUAAUGGGUGGUACUAUGGACGAGAAGGAGCUCUUCAUUGAGCCAACCGUUGUUCAAGUGGAGUCUGUCGAUGACUCGCUCUGCACAGCGGAGAGCUUCGGUCCUUUCAUCCCUAUCCUUGCUGUUGAUAACUUGGAUGAGGCCAUCCAACUGGCCAAUGGUGUGCAGAGCACCCCUCUUGGCCUCUACCCAUUCGGAAACAAGGCCGAUGUCCAGAAGACACAAUAUGAUACUAAUGGCGCUUCAGUCCUCGCCUCCACCCGUUCCGGUGGUGUCUCCGUCAACGACGCCGCUCUUCACAUCCCUACCCUACCCUUCGGUGGUGUCGGUGAAAGUGGCAACGGCGCCUACCGUGGCCGUGCCAGCUUCGACGUCUGGGUCCAUCGUCGUACCAUUACUACCAGCCCUAGCUGGCUCGAGGCUAUCCUCGGUAUCCGUUACCCGCCCUACGGCAACAAGAUCAAGACCUUCAAGGCUGCCAGCGCACUCACACCAGACUUCGACCGUAGCGGUCGUAAGUUGACCUUCGGCUGGCUGCGCUAUUUCUUCACCCUUGGUGGUGGAACCGCCACAGCCGGUGCCGGUCGUGCUGUGGCCGUGGCUGCCAGUGAGUAG